GACAAUGGUUAUAUUAGCCAGGGCAUCGUAAAGGGAAAACAUAACCUUUUGCUACUUGAGAGAAGACACCUUCUUAUACUAAAUGGUCACGAGCGACAGCAGUCUCAUUAUUUGUCAAGUACAUACAUGCCGUGGUUCUGAUUCUGUUCUUUCUGGUUACACCAACACUCACGAAUCACACAAGGAUGUCAACAUUUGUGCAGUAGUGUCUUACAUUGUGGAAUCGAUGCUCCUGAGCAGGAUAUUGGUGCUAUUGAUGUCGAUUCACAGCUCCCUGGUGGCCUUUACAUGUACAUUGAUAGGGUGGUACUUUAGGCUUAAAUAUGCAGCCCCCGACUCUCUACACCACUGGGUAUCGGUACCAACGGACCGAAACAAUAUCCUUAGGACAGAUACACAGACUACCUAGCAAGAGAGAUGCAAGCGUGCCAAAGUCAACGUUUUCCAAUAAAGAAGGCUCAAAUCGACACAACCAUGGGUACCGGCUCAACCGCAUAUUGUGCUUUAAGGCUAGGAAUCCAACAGAUUUAUACUAUCAAUAAUGACUGGAACAUGAAUUCUGGGUUUCUCAGGUCACUUCGGCUUAUGCAGGACCUGGCAUAGGUGAAGUAUCUUCAUUUUAUGUUGUGGCUCCGCGAGGACACUCCCUGAAA